UUCUCUUCGUUGAACUACUACACCAAAUUUGCCAGCAUGAAGAAAACUUUUCAGCUGACAAUUUUCUCUCUGGUUUUGUCUUGUAUACUUGGAGAGAUUUCAGCACAGAAAGAAGAAGAGUCUCUUAGAACCUGGAUGAACAGUUUGAACUCUCCCUUGCUGCCUUCAUGAAACAACAGCAACAAUCCAUGCAACUGGACCGGUAUUACUUGCAACAAAGCAGGCACUGUUGUUGAGAUAAAGCUUCACAAUUCAGGCCUAGAUGGAACCCUUAACAGAGCUUGCAUUAUCAAUGAAGGUGACAGAAAAAUGUGACGUUUACGGUUUUGGGAUUGUUGCACUAGAAAUUCUGGUGGGGAGGUACCCUCAGGAGGUCCUUCCGUGUUUAGAGUCUGAGGAAUUUGGUCAACACUUCUUAGAUUUCCUAGAUAAAAGGUUGGCUCCGCCUAAAGGUAUUGCAGCUGAAGUCCUAAUGUUGGUAUUAAGACUUAUUCUAAAAUGUAUUCACAAAAAUCCUUUGUGUCGACCCACCAUGAAUCAUGUGUCCCAAGAGUUGCUCACACUCACUGUGCCUAGCUUUCAACAUGUCGACACUGCACAAUCUAGUGCACAACUAGACUCUGAGAUUGAGAUAGCAACUUUUAUUUAACUUAACUUUCAAUGUUUGUAGAUGCAAUAGCUCUUGUAGUCAUAUGUACACAUUGUUCAAUUUUCUCUGGGUAAAUAUCCAAUUUAGUCAUUGGAUUUGCAAGGCACUGACACUUGGGUUCAUGAAUUUUGAAAAUAUAAAAUUUUGUCCCUCAAUUUGUAAAAAGACCAACAAAUCCAUACCACCAUCUAUUUCUUUUGUUAACAUAAACAAGAUGAAUUUCCAUUUUUUUACAGCAAUAAAGUAACCGUUGAUACCCAAUGGCUACUUCUUCUCCCCCAACCAUUAUAAAUUAUUUUUUUUGCACAACCACUUCUCCCCUAAUAGCUUCUUCUUUUCCAAUAGUUGUCCCCUUCUUCUUCUCCCCCAUCCAAGUUGUAUAUCUUCUCCUCCAACGUCCAUCUCAUUGUUAUCUUCUUCUAUUGCUGCAUAAAUCGAGUGGGAGCUAAUGGGUGGUGAAUGUGAGUCAUCCAACAAUGGUGGUGGCAGCCAUGACUGUUAUGUUGAAUGUUAAAGGCUGUAAUUAGAAAAUAAAAAACCUCUAAAAAUCUAGGGAAGUUGUUUUACAUUUGCUCAUUGUCAAAGGUUGUUUCCAAUUUGUACUAAUGUUUAUUACACUAUUACUUUAGUUGUCCCAUUUUUUUGGCAAUAAUAAACUGACUACCCAUUGUUGAAUGGCAAGAAGUUGGAAAAUGUAAUUUUAUUAUUGGGUGAAAUCAUUUGAAGAAAGGUGGAUGGAAGAGCUAAGGGAGAUGAUUGAUUACUUGCAAAAGGAAUUGAAGAUUAUAAAAUACUUUGUUUCCUUUUUUUUGUUAUGGUGAUUUGUUUAUGACCAGUUUAGGGAUGGUGAAUGGGUUGUUAGAUUGCAUGAAAUGAGAAUCUUUGUAAUUGUACAUGUUGGACUAAUUUGUCAACCAAUUGUUAGAUUUAGGGAUUUAAUUGACAUCAAAUAAUAUUAUUGACUACUGGACUGAUU